AUGGCUUCGCCCUCAGCCACAGACUCUCCAGAAGAGGAGAGCACCGAUGUCCCCGAGGUGACGCAAACAGAGACGAGAGCGGCCGUGUCGCGACUCCGGGCUAAGAACACAGCGCCCGGACCCGACGGAGUUCCUGGUCGAGCUCUCGUCCUGGCUCUGAAGGAGCUAGAGCCCCAGCUGAGAGGGCUCUUCACGGCAUGUCUCGAGCAGGGUCAGUUUCCCAGUGUAUGGAAGGAGGGGAGGCUGGUCCUGCUCAGGAAGGAGGGGCGCCCCGCGGACUCACCGUCCGCGUACCGGCCCAUAGUGCUGCUCGACGAGGCGGGCAAACUUCUUGAGCGCAUCAUCGCAGAUCGCCUCGUCAGCCACUUGUGCAGAGAGGGGCCGGACCUGGACGAGAACCAGUUUGGUUUUCGUCGCGGGCGCUCCACCAUAGACGCUAUUACGCGCGUGAGGGCCCUGGCGGAGGAGACAGUAUCCCGGGGUGGGGUGGUGCUGGCGGUGUCCUUAGACAUCUCCAACGCCUUCAACACCCUACCCUGGAGUUGUAUUCGGGAGGCGCUGAAUUACCAUCGCGUGCCUCCCUACCUCCGCCGCACAAUAGGGGCUUACCUUGAGGAGAGAUGCGUUACCUAUUGGGGACGUGACGGCGCUGGUCGGCGCGUCAUGUCGUGCGGUGUUCCGCAGGGCUCGGUCUUGGGACCGCUCCUGUGGAACAUCGGCUACGACUGGGUGCUGAGAGGUGAACUCCCGUCGGGCGCCGACUUGACGUGUUAUGCGGACGACACGCUCGUCACUGCCCGGGGGAGUUCACACAGGGAAGCAGCGUUGGUUGCCACGGCUGCGGUGUCACAAGUGGUGAACCGCAUCCGGCGCCUGGGCCUGGAGGUGGCCCUAAAUAAGUCGGAGGCCAUGGUGUUCCAUGGCCCUCGACGCGCGCCGCCGCCGGGUUCACACAUCGUGGUCAGCGGGGCCCGGAUAGCUGUCGAGUCCACCAUGAAGUAUCUGGGAUUGGUGCUCGACAGCCGAUGGGAAUUCGGACCCCACUUCCGGCGGCUGGCGCCCAAGCUGAUGGGUGCAGCGGGCGCGCUAUCAACGUUGCUUCCCAACUUGGGGGGCCCGAGCGCCGCCUGUAGGCGGUUGUACGUGGGAAUCGUGCGGUCCAUGGCCCUGUAUGGGGCCCCUGUGUGGGCGAUGGACAUGACGGCCAGCACUCUCGCCAUUCUGCGUAAACCGCAGAGGGCGAUGGCCGUCAGAGUCGCCCGCGGGUAUCGCACGAUUUCCUACGAGGCGGCUUGCGUCCUGGCCGGAUCCCCGCCCUGGGACCUAGAGGCGAAAGUACUCGCGUCAUUAUAUCGAUGGCGCGAGGAAGAGCGGGCACGGGGCUCGAGGCCGGUGCAGCGGCAGAUCGCGCUGCGCCGAGAGGAGCUCCGUCAGGUCUUGGUGGCGGAAUGGCGGCAAAGGCUUCUGCGCCCUACCGCAGGCCUCGCUACCGUCGAGGCGAUCCGGCCAGUACUCGACGACUGGCUCGGGAGAAGGCACGGCUCCCUGUCGUUUAGGGUGACGCAGGUGCUGUCGGGGCAUGGCUGCUUCGGCAAGUACCUGCGCCGCAUAGACAGGGAGCCGGACGCUCGGUGCCACCACUGCGUCCAUUGCGGGGAGGACACGGCGCAACACACGCUCGCCGAGUGUGUAGCUUGGGAGGAGCAGCGCCGUGUCCUCACAAAUAAAGUAGGAGGCGAUCUGUCGCUGCCGGCCUUAGUGCAGAAGAUGGUCGGUAGCGCAGAGUCGUGGGAUGCAGUGGUGUCCUUCUGCGAGGACGUGAUGUCGCAGAAGGAAACUGCGGAACGGGAAAGGGAGAUCUCGACUCCCUUCCCCGGCCGCAGAAGGCGCACCGGGCGCAGGAGAAGGGCGGACAACGCCCUUUUCCGCCCCCCAUAA